GUUGGGAAAAUGAAGAACUUCUGGAAAAUUCCAGUUUUCUUCUUUGUAUGCAGUUUCCUGGGAUCUUGGGCAUCUGCUGCUGUCAAGCGUCGCCCAAGGUUCCCUGUUAAUUCAAAUUCUAAUGGUGGAAAUGAACUCUGUCCAAAGGUCAGGAUUGGUCAAGAUGAUUUACCAGGCUUUGACUUGAUUUCUCAGUUCCAGGUAGAUAAAGCAGCAUCUAGAAGAGCUAUUCAGAGGGUAGUAGGAUCAACUGCAUUACAAGUGGCUUACAAAUUGGGAAAUAAGGUAGACUUCAGGAUUCCAACAAGGCAUUUAUAUCCCAAUGGUCUGCCUGAAGAAUACUCCUUUUUAACUACUUUUCGGAUGACUGGAAGCACACUUGAAAAGAACUGGACCAUUUGGCAGAUUCAGGAUUCCUCAGGGAAGGAGCAAGUUGGCGUGAAGAUUAAUGGCCAAACAAAAUCUGUUGCAUUUUCAUACAAGGGACUGGAUGGAAGUCUCCAAACUGCAACCUUUUCAAAUUUGCCUUCCUUGUUUGAUUCCCAGUGGCAUAAGAUCAUGAUCGGUGUGGAAAGGAGUAGUGCUACUCUUUUUGUUGAUUGCAACAGGAUUCAAUCCUUACCUAUAAAGCCAAGAGGCAAAAUUGAUGUUGAUGGCUUUGCUGUGCUGGGAAAACUUGCAGAUAAUCCUCAAGUUUCUGUUCCGUUUGAACUUCAGUGGAUGCUGAUCCAUUGUGACCCACUACGCCCCAGUAGAGAAACUUGCCAUGAGCUGCCAGUCCGAAUAACUCCCGGCGAGACCACCGACCAGAGAGGUCCCCCGGGCGAGCAGGGUCCCCCCGGGCCCCCGGGUCCCCCUGGAGUUCCAGGCAUCGAUGGCAUCGACGGUGACCGAGGUCCAAAGGGUCCCCCAGGCCCCCCGGGUCCCGCUGGAGAACCGGGCAAGCCAGGAGCUCCCGGCAAGCCGGGCACGCCAGGCGCCGACGGAUUAACAGGACCUGAUGGAUCCCCUGGUUCUGUUGGACCAAGAGGGCACAAAGGAGAACCUGGUGUUCCUGGAUCUCGUGGAUUUCCAGGCCGCGGUAUUCCUGGGCCCCCUGGUCCUCCUGGGGCAGCAGGACUCCCUGGAGAGCUUGGCCGUGUUGGACCAGUUGGUGACCCUGGGAGAAGAGGACCACCUGGCCCCCCUGGCCCCCCAGGACCCAGUGGAACAAUUGGCUUUCAUGAAGGAGAUCCAUUGUGUCCCAAUUCCUGUCCACCAGGUCGCUCAGGAUAUCCAGGCUUACCAGGCAUGAGGGGUCAUAAAGGGGCUAAAGGAGAAACUGGUGAACCUGGAAGACAAGGUCACAAGGGUGAAGAAGGUGACCAGGGGGAACAAGGAGAAGUUGGAGCUCAAGGACCUCCAGGAGCUCAAGGAUUACGAGGCAUCACAGGCAUAAUUGGGGCCAAAGGGGAAAAAGGUGCUCGGGGCUUAGAUGGAGAACCUGGACCUCAAGGUCUUCCUGGUGCACCUGGUGAUCAAGGACAGCGAGGACCUCCAGGAGAAAUAGGUCCCAAGGGAGAUAGAGGCCCUCAAGGUUCUAGAGGAAUUCCUGGCGUCCCUGGGACCAAAGGAGACACGGGCUUGCCAGGUGUGGAUGGCCGUGACGGAAUACCUGGAAUGCCCGGGACAAAGGGUGAACCGGGGAAGCCUGGGCCUCCUGGUGAUGCAGGAUUGCAGGGCUUACCUGGUGUGCCUGGGAUUCCCGGUGCGAAGGGCGUUGCUGGUGAAAAGGGUAACACAGGUGCUCCAGGGAAGCCUGGUCAGCUGGGGAAUUCAGGCAAACCGGGCCAACAGGGGCUGCCCGGCGAUGUGGGACCCCGAGGACCCCGGGGGCUUCCUGGCAGUAGAGGAGAGAGAGGACCAGUGGGACCCCCAGGACUACCAGGUAAACUGGGUUCUCCUGGCAGUCCUGGCCUCCCUGGCUUGCCUGGCCCCCCUGGCCUUCCUGGAAUGAAAGGUGACAGGGGAGUAGUCGGUGAGCCUGGUCCAAAGGGUGGACAGGGUUUGUCUGGUGAAGAAGGUGAAGCAGGAGAAAGGGGUGAACUUGGAGAGAUAGGAUUACCUGGACCAAAGGGAUCUGUGGGUAACCCUGGGGAGCCCGGCUUGAGGGGGCCCGAAGGAAGUCGGGGGCUUCCUGGCGUGGAAGGCCCAAGAGGACCCCCUGGACCACAAGGCGUGCAGGGAGAGCAGGGUGCCACCGGCCUGCCUGGCAUCCAGGGCCCUCCAGGUAGAGCACCAACAGAUCAGCACAUUAAGCAGGUUUGCAUGAGAGUCAUGCAAGAGCAUCUUGCUGAGAUGGCUGCUAGUCUCAAGCGACCAGACUCAGGGGCGUCUGGCCUCCCUGGGAGGCCUGGACCCCCCGGUCCCCCGGGACCACCUGGAGAGAAUGGGUUCCCAGGCCAGAUGGGACUUCGUGGCCUCCCAGGCAUUAAAGGCCCCCCUGGUGCUCUCGGUUUGAGGGGGCCUAAAGGUGACUUGGGAGAAAGGGGGGAACGUGGCCCUCCAGGAAGAGGUCCUAAGGGAUUGCCUGGAGCUACAGGUCUCCCAGGUGAACCAGGUCCUGCCAGCUACGGGAGGAAUGGCCGGGAUGGCGAGCGAGGCCCCCCAGGGGUGGCAGGAAUUCCCGGGGUACCUGGCCCCCCGGGCCCUCCUGGCCCUCCUGGGUUUUGCGAGCCAGCCUCCUGCACCCUGCAGGCUGGGCAACGGGCAUUUAUCAAAGGUCCCGAUCAGUGA